UCUAUCAUCAGUUGCACCCCGAGAAGAGAAAAGAAACCCCAAAGGACGAAAAGGAGAGAGAGAGAGAGAAGACGAGACAAGAUGAGAGGAAGAGAGGAAGCUAGUCCGAGGCCCUCUCCUUCCCCUUCCUCGACCCGCUUCCCUCAGCCUGCCCACUACCACCUCCGACGCCAGCCGUUGAUGACCCCUCGUCAAGCAGCCCCGCUGCUGACAAUGCCUUGUAGUUCUCUCCGAGUGCAGCUACCAGUAAUAGAUGCUCAGCUAAUCCCCAAGUUGAAGUCCCCACCCUUCGUGCUUACAGUCUCUGGCUCUGGCUCUGGUAUCGCCAGGACUAUUGAGCGUCCUUGGCAGACACUCUGGUGCUGCCCGGCGCUUUACACUUGUGGCCGAACAAGCCCAAGGAGCCGCUACUAAGAAGCUCUCCGACGAGCAGCAGUGUGAACUUGACCAGGGUGUCAGCCCGGAGGAGAGUCCUCUUCCUCCCAUCUAGCACCGCCAGAGCACCCAGAAUCCGAUCAAGGUGCUUGCCUCGAGUGGUGACUGGCUGGAACAGGGCCAAGUCCGGUCGCUUGGUCAGUUUUGCAUCCUUCUUGAU